AUGAUACACGAUGGUAAAUUUCAUUACCCACCAGGAGGAGGUGCUUCAGUUUUUAAAGAGAAAUAUAUCAAUUACAUUUUUAAUUACCUUCCUAAAAAUGAAGUAAGAAUAAAUGUUGGAGUAACGCCAAAUACUUCACCUCAUUUCGGUAUAAUAACUACUUUCUCACUUGCUUUUGCUCUUGCCCAACAAUUAAAAAAACUUGGUAAAACUUUGACAAUUAUUGUUGGAAUAGUAGAUACGGAGUCUAUAAAAUCAGAUAAAUAUAUUUUUGAUGACAUUGUAUUCCAAAAAAGUCUCGCUUAUACCGGAGGGAUUUAUGAUUAUAUAGAUGAUUAUAAAGAAUUAAUAGAGAAAUUAAGUUCAUACUUUGGUGGUAUAGAUCAUAUAAUAGUAAAUCAAAGUGAUUUAAGUCUACAUAGGAAGGCACCAGAAAUAAUUAGAAAAAUUAUAAAUGAAAGAGAAAGAAUUGGGCAACUACUGUUUCCCUUAAAAAAUUCUUUAGGAUUAACAGCAGCUUGUCCACAAUGUGGUUUAGCAGACAAAUAUGGAGUUAAAAAUUGUUACAAUGGUGACAUAAUUAAUUUUUUUUGUCCUAAUCAUGGUUUUCAUUCAAUUGAUAUAAGUAAAGAUAAUUUACAAAAACUAGAGUAUCAAACUCCGUUAAGAAAUUUAAUACGAGGUUUAUUAUAUACAGAGGAUAAUAAAGAAAAGGCAAUUCCUUAUUCUUGGUUACGGGUUACUGGUUGUGAUUUUUCAGGCUUUUAUCAAGAGCAGCUUUUGUAUAGAGGAAUUGCUAUGUUUAAUAUUGAUAUAAUUAAUUCACCACUUAUUGUUUACGGUCCUUUAGUAAUUGAUUGGUCAGGAGCUAAAUUAUCAAAGUCAAUUCUUGUUGAAGGAGGAUACAAAUAUAUGACCAAACAAGGAUUGGAUUAUUUUAUAAAUUAUCAAAAAUUUAAGACAAAGUUUAAUAGUAAAGGAUUAGAAAUAUUAUUUGAUGAAACUAAUUUGUGGUUGGAAGAAUCGCACAGACUAUUUAGAAAUUACCCUAUUUUUUAUUUUGAAGAAUUAUUUAAAGCAAAAAUCAACAAAGCAAUGGACUUGGAAGAAUUUAACUCCAAGAAAGAUAUUGAGCAAGAUUAG